GGACUUGAGGAAGCACUGGUGAACGUCCUAGGUACUCAACCCCUUUGAUUUGCUUACACUACACUUGUCAUAGACUCUUGCACGUCUGCUUCCUGUAACCUUGAAGUUGUAAGGGUUCCGUUUCUCGCUGGCUCUGUCUCUCGCCGGGUGGUUCUUCGUCCACUCGAUUACACUUCUUGCUUGACAUUGUUUUACUUUGCGUUGGCUUGACUUUUUGAUAUCGAAUUGUUGUUGUUAUUGUUUUAGUAGGUCGAUGACAGAGUGGCUGCGGUGCCGGCAAUGAGCACACCACCACCAUGAAGUGGGCGCCUUUCCGGUGGGCGUCGGCAGCCCUCCUUUUGGUCCCCUUAGCCACGCUUCUCGUGUUCACCCUCCAACCCCCCCCGCCCAUAACCCAUUUUGGGGAUGGUGGGCUCCUGGGGGGCCCACCCUCCUCGGAAGAUGUCCCGCGGUUCAACUUGAACAUGUCCCACUUCGGGGGAGGGGGCACCGCUGACUUGUUAGCCCAGGCGGUGGUAUUGUCGGAAGAGAUGCAGCGCUCGGGGCGGCGGUUGAGGGCACAACUAGCGCGGGAGGAAAAGAAGCUGGCGGCGGGGGCGCUGCAGAAACUAGAUAUGGGCGCUUUGGCGGGGGUGAACCAGGGGGAGCAACGAGGCGUGGUCCCGAUUGUGUACGUAGCGACGGAGCUGUCGCCGCUGCUGGUUGCCUGCGUCCGGACAACGCGCAUGUACGAUCCGACGGUGCCAAUCAUCGUAGUGGCUAGCCUGGGGCUCCAGGCGCCAAUGAAAGAGUUGACCGAAGUUCUGCAGUUGCCGCAUGUGCAACUGAAGUUGCUCGAGGACUAUGUGGGGGAGGGCAGCGGGUCGCACGCCUUCUCGCAAAAGUACAUCCAUCACAGCGUGAAUGGCGUGAUGUACGAACAGUUUUGCUUCCAGCGAUUCUUUGUGUUGAGGGACGUGGCGAUUCAGGAAGGUUUCGCCCGGGUUUUCCACGUGGACCACGACUUGGUUAUCUUCGAUAACCACCGAGUGUUUGUGGAACCCUGGGACGUCGAUUUCAUUGGGCUGGAUCUGAUUUCCACGCACUUUUCGGUGUGGAAGCUGCCCGUUUUGGAGCGCUUCUGCGACUACAUGCUCGACUUUUACGCGCGACCAGUAGUGCAAGUGGACGCCGGUAUCCACCGGUUCGGAUACGCUAUGAACGCGACGUUCUACACGUUUAGCGACAUGUUCAUCCUCAAAGCUUUUUUCAUCGAGUCUCAAGAGGCGGGGCGGCCCGUCACUUACCACCUGCUUUUACGCGAUGAACACGGGGUGCUCAAGGAGGGAGCCACACCCUACCUUGCUAUAGAGCAGCUCGACCGGAUCACGGGAUGGCGGUGUCGUUACCGAGAUUGGGAAGCUGCAGUGGAGUGGCGCGCUUUGAGUAAGGAGAGCAAUCUGCCGGUGCCGUAUGUCAAUGGCACGUACCUGAAGGGAAUUCAAUUUCAAGGCAACAUGUGCAAAAAAAUAGCCUUGCAGGUGUUGAGCCGGGUUCUUGCUGAGAGCUAGCUAUGCUUAUAUUGAGUUGUGCCAUGUGCUGUUGUUGACUUAGCGUUGACUUAGAGUGGGGAUGAGACGGCUGGAAUUUCCUCCACCAACGGCAGUAGCUAGAAUUGAGGCUAGCUUACCUUAUUAUGACUCACGUUCGGAAAGAGCCUUUUUAUAGAGGGGACCAUUUGUUGCGAUGAAGCCGCAAUCGACUCGAAAUCUGCGGCGUAGCGCGCGGCACAUUCGUUACACGCGGAGCACUGCGUGGAUCCCGACAGCAAACAGUCUUGAAUUGUAAAGGGAUGACGUUGAGGCACUUUCGAGCUGAGUAUAGGAGCCUCGAAAGUGGCUGGAGUUGAGGUGCGGGCUGAAAAAUGGAUUCAUAGCGAUUUCCAUCAGGCCGACUGUGAACUUUGAAGAAUGACUAGAUUCGUAAUUGGCUAAAUAAAUUCAGAAAAUGACAAUUUGAGUUGAACAAUUGGAUUGUGAGAUCAAGAUUCUAGCCUUAUAAGGCCGUCCUCGGCGACAUAGGCCAAACACUUUUUAAGUUUGACCGUAAGUUUACUUCCAUAUGCUGCCU